AUGUCGAAUCUUACAAAUAUUUAUUUUGAGGUUCUUGAUAUCACUGGAGAUAAUUAUCUCGCAUGGGCAUUAGAUGCUGAGUUUCAUCUAAAAGCAAAAGGGCUUGGUAAUACAAUUAUCGAAGGAAAUACAGCCGAAGAAGAGAAAAAAGCUCAAGCUAUGAUUUUUGUUCGCCGUCACCUCCACGAGGGCCUUAAAGGCGAAUACCUGACCGUGAAAGAGCCAGAGGUUCUUUGGAAAGAUCUUAAGGAAAGGUAUGAUCACCAGAAAACUGUGAUCUUGCCUAAGGCUCGUUAUGAUUGGAUGCAUUUGAGACUCCAAGAUUUUAAGUCUGUGAGUGAGUACAACUCAGCCAUGUUUCGGAUUACAUCCAAAUUGAAACUAUGUGGAGAGACAAUUACGGAUGUUGACAUGUUAGAGAAAACAUUCUCUACUUUUCAUGCAAGCAAUGUUGUCCUACAGAAACAAUACCGUGAGAAGGGAUACACAAAGUAUUCCCAGCUUAUAUCAAGUCUCUUUGUGGCUGAGCAGAAUAACGAGCUCUUGAUGAAAAAUCAUGGUCUACGUCCAAGUGGUUCAGCUCCAUUCCCUGAAGCGAAUGUGACAUCCUAUGAUAGGAAAGAAGAAAACCACGCUAAUAACAGAGGCCGAGGAAGUGGCUAUAGACGUGGUCAUAGUCGUGGUCGUGGACGUAGACAAGAGUAUGGUCGAGGUCGAGGCCGAGUUUCUUUCAAGAAACCUUAUUCUCACCAGAAGUGGGAAAAGAGAGAUGGUAACAAGCAAGAGAAAGAAACUAAUGAGAAUAAAUGUUACCGAUGUGGAGCGAAAGACCAUUGGGCACGUAUGUGCCUUACACCGAAGUAUUAUGUUGAUCUCUAUCAACAAUCAUUGAAGCAAAAUGGAAAGAAAGUGGAGACAAACUUGGUGUACGAAGAUGGCGAACAUGAUUUUGACCAUGGUGAUGUAACUCACAUGGAAGUAUCUGAUUUCCUUCCCCAUGCCAAGAAGUGA